GUGCAGUCAACAAAAUCCCACAUGCAAAUUUUAGAUCUUUGUACACCAUAACAUCCGAAGACUCGAGGUUGUCUUGUCAGUUUGUUUAAACUAUUUAGAACAACUUAACUUGUAUAGAUACAGUAGCCAGCUCGUAUAUUGAAUCUGCUUGUAAAUAUGACACACCUGAAACGAUCUGUUCUAACCUAGACAAAUUCCAAAUACAUUUGCGAGAUCAUUUAUGCUAGCUAGCGCAGGCUAAAAUAAGCUAGCUAAAAUGGGUAAAGUUAAAUGUUCUGCAUACAAUUGUGAAAAUCGCACAAAAGCCGGCAUGAAAUUUGUAAGAUUCCCACUCAAAGAUCCUAAACGGCUGAAGAAAUGGCUUGCGAAUUUGAGGUGGAAGGGUUGGACUCCUUCUCCAUUUUCGGUCUUGUGCCUCGAUCAUUUUGAGCCGAAAUACAUUAUAGGUGGAGAUAUACGAGCACGACUCCGAGCGAACGCAGUUCCAACCAUUUUCAACUUUUCAAGCAGCAUGCAAAAGAAAAAGGUGGUUCUCAGACAAAAAAGCAAACAAGCAGUGAGUUCCAUUGUUGAAAUACCAACACAGUCAAGUCCUGCCAAAUCAGCUAAAUCGAAGAGACCAAAAAGAUACUCUGAUGAGGGUGGCACCUGGGUAACUUUGAUGGACGAUUCAAUCCAAACGAUUGAGUCUUUUCCAGGUUUUUUCCACGGGGACUACUGUCUGCCACAUAGUAUUCGAUGGGCAGGUGUAAACUCUUCUCACGUGGAGACUGAAAACAAAGAACUCCAAAAUGACCUUCUUCUCAAGCACGUAAUAGAGGUCAAGGGUCCUUGGGAAUGGCUGGGUUUGGAUAUUAGAGGACCAAUGCCCACGACACUUAAUGGAAGCAAGUAUAUUCUGACUGUGACUGACUACUACUCCAAAUGGUUGGAAGCGUUCCCCCUCAGAGUAAACACCUCAGUGGAGGUUGCAAACCAUAUCGUUGACAUCAUCUCCCACUUUGGUUUCCCAUAUAAAAUACUAUCUCGUCUGAGCCGGAAGUUUAUUAAAAAAAUCAAUGACGCAUUGAAAAAACAACUAAAAGGACUUUGGGAGCCUCUUGUAGUCUUUCAUCAGCAAACUGGGAUACUGGAUCUGGACAUGCAGGAUGUGAUAGACAGGAUGGUGACUGAUCUUUUGAAGGAACAUGCACGCAACUGGGAUGUUUUCUUGCCUGCCAAGGUUUUCAGUCUGUGCUUUCAAGAGCACUCCACAACAAAGGAGAGGCCUUUUUCCCUCCUGCGCCGUAAGAGGCUGCAACCCAACACUGUUCCCAGACAAGUGCCUUUCUGUGUUGCAGAGAUCCGAGAGAGCAUCUUUGUAAUCCAGUUUAAUCAAAAACAAGACACUGAUGUACAUGGUGUUGCUGCAAAGGAAUGUGAAAAGGAAAUAUCUGAAAGUAACACUCUCAUGCGGGUGGCCUUCAUCGUUCAACAGUGAAUGUUUUUUGUUUGUUUGAAACUGAAACGCAGACUUUUGUCGAAUGUUUCAACUUCACCCCCAUGAUCAAACCUGGUUAUGCAGGAUUCAUGCUUAGUUUUGAUCUUGUCAAGAAAGUGACAGGUAAGGGUAGUGUUAGUGACUUUAAGGAAUUGUCACACGAUUAAAUAUUGUACCUGCACCUGCCUCAGUUGCAUUGCAUGAGCAGAAGGGGGAGAUUAUAUGGUGAAACUAUGGUGAAAGCCCAGUUUCCAACAAAAACAUUUUCAUUAAUUGCUUACGCGUUACGUGAGUGGCGCGAACAAAAAUGAAAUUAAAUCAAUAAAUAAUUAUUGGUUUAACACUU